AUUUCUUUUUUUCUAAUUUCUUUAUUUUAUUUUUUUUCAAUCUGUCAUCUUCCUUUUACAACUCAUAACUGUUUUUUUAAAAACGCUGCAUGAGCUGGGAUUUGGAAAGGGGCGGGCUGUGUGUUGUCUGACGAAUAAAAGCUGUAGCCUAUAGAUCGGCGCAAGGCUUUUAACCGGGUACAACCAGCCAGGCUUAAAGGAAACAUUUCGUCUUAAAUUUACAGCACAGGGCUAUAACCGAGCGACGGAGGUCUGAAAAAGCUAAGCAAACAUGAGCGACAAGGGGACAGUCUCACCGAAGGAGAAGGAGGCAACAGAGAAAAGGGGGCGUGGAAGACCCCGCAAGCAGCCCCAGGUAAAAACCUCUGACGAACCAAGUGGCUCCCCUACUCCAAAGAGGCCCAGAGGACGGCCGAAGGGCAGCAAAAACAAGACAACUGGCAAGGGCAAAAAGGCAACAGCAGCCCCAUCUGAAGGGGGGAAACGCAGGGGAAGACCUAAGAAGGAGGAGAAGGAAGAAAAGGCAUCCCAGGAAUCAUCUGAGGAGGAAGAAGAAGAGGACCAGUAAUCCGCAACGCAUGCUACCUCACUCAACAUACUGACUUACUGUUAACCAGAACUGGGCUUUAUCUCCAACACCAGUGCCACCACAUGACCACUGUUCACGACAAAGCCCCCCUUUGCCAAAAAGAGGGGUUAAACACAGUACAAAUAUCAUGCAACAGCACUGGAUAGAACGAUGGACCUUGCUCAAAGCAUAGAUCUAAGAAUAACAUACAAGGUAACAGCCCUUUUCUCUACAUGUCAUGUUAUCACAAGUCUUUUAUACUGGACAAAAGUGUGCUCCAAGGAGCCUGGACGUUUCCAUGGUUUCCCCUAAAGAUGGUUUAUAGGACAUUUUCUCUGCUUAAAGGUUACUUAUUUGUUAUACCCGCAUCUGAGAUGGUAGGGCAUAUAGUUUCUCCGUUUUUUUUUGUACUGGACAAAGGUGAAUUUUGCCUAUACUUUUUUUUUUUUUUUCCUCCCUUGAGUGAUUGUGUGAAGUGGUUAACCUAUCCUUUGCAUCAUAGAUGGAGUUGAACUUCAGCAUUUAGGACAAGAAUAGGUAACGGAUGGUAGAAGUUUGGGAUUUUUUUGGUUUUGUUUUUGUUUUUUUUCCCCUCCUUCAUUUCUUAACUGCUUUCACCUGCCCUUUUCGCACCGGCAGAGCAGAGUCCUCUUUACCUUUCUCCACUUCCUGUAGGACAGUUUAGAUUUACUUCCACUCAGACUUCCUUUGCGGUCCUCAGCGUGUAGAGGGGGAAAUAUUAAGUGUAUCGUUUAGUAAUCAGAAUAGUCUGAUCAGACUUACUGUUUUUGUUCCUUCGGGUUACAUGCCGUUUAUUAAGAAAAAAAAAUGAGUGUGCUGCUUUUCAUGUUAUAAUAAAACUCAAAUCUCUUUGGUAUAAUGUGUGUUUUUAAGGAUACGGUUGGCAGAGUUCUAGGCUGAGAGAGAGCAUCAGUGUCGUUUCUUCAGGGAGCUUUUUUCAAAUGCUGUUACAUUGGCGUCUUUGUCUUCACACGGUCCUCAGUUUCCAAGCGCUCACUCAAUCACUCGCAAAGGCAAAUUGCAAUCGGUCAAACAAGGAGUUUGAUUGUAAUAGAGGAUAGUUGGUGGCACUACUAUCCAACAGGGCUGUACGUUUUUCUCUUUUCUUAUUCUCAUUCCAUCUAGCUCUCACGGCUUCAUCUAGCUUGGUCCUUCUGUCAUCACUUAGUACAGUAAUAUACUUUCUUAGUCUUUUUGAAGAUGUGUGUUGUAUGCUGUCUGCUACAGGAAAAAGAAAUAAGAUGUUUUGUGUAUUUUCUAAGUGUCAGGGAACCCGCGGUCACAGUCCACUUAACUGGGUUUUUCCACACACCUAAGCUGCUACAACCUCAGUUACGAAACCCGGAAAACUGCAAGCAGGUGAUACAAGGCCUGGAAGUUCAUACCUCACUCAACGGCUUACUUUACCAUAUAAUUGCAUUUAACUGGUUUUCUGUUGUUUUUAAAUGUAACCUCUAGCAUGAGUUGGCAAGAUGUCGUUAUUACAAAGUUUGUGUAUGUUUUUUUUUUUUGUUUGUUUUGUUUUUUUUAACCUGACUGUAAUUGAGGUAUCUUAAGAUAUCAAGUUUGUGAUUUUUGUGUGUGCGUACGCGGCACGUCUUCGCUCGUUCAUAACCGGAGCUUGCAGACAGGUUGUAUUAAAUGUGUGAAGCAAGUCAGGGAGACCUGUCAGCUUGACAACUGUGUUCGCUGACUGUGGUAGAUUAGCAGGUGUGUUUUUAUCCGUUUAAAAAAAAAAUCUUCUGGUGCACUGAAAUAUUGGUUCAGAUUUUCAUGGACAAAUGUUUGUGUGUUUGUGAUAGACUGGGCGCUCUUUCCACUUAACCGUUCUGUUGGCCUCAGUGUGUCUGGCACUACGACACACAGCCACUCUCGACAUACUCCUACAAUGGUCAUUUCAUGUCUCUUUUCAGCAUCCUCCAACUACUCUUGACAGUAUCAGUCAUUUUACAUAGCAACAUCUUGCAUCUAUUCAUUUACAUACUGUAAACUCAACAGGAUGGGAUCAUUCUUUUUAAUGUACACCGUAUAUAAAUGUACAAUGUCUAUAUUUCUAUGGUGCCCUACAACAAUUUGUAUCAGAAAUGGUCAAUAAAGAGAAUUUUUCUUUGUCA